GGUUUACCAAGUGCAGCAGGCGAGCCGGCUAGUAGAGUUAAAUAUCUAAUCUUAAAACUUACUGCUUCAAACGAAUGAUUUGAAGUUUUUCCACGUAUUCCGUUUAUUGAAAUGUGAACGUUUUAGCUGAUUAAAUGUUUUAGAGCAUUUUGUUUUGCGUAUGCGGUAAUUUAAACAUUUAUUGUCAUAUUGCUGAGUAAAUCAGCUGAAAUUGACCAGGUCGCCAUUUUGGAUUUGGAUCCAUACAGCAAUCGUUCCGCAGUUCAUGCUCCCAUCUGGAAUUGAACUGCUGGAAGUGAGACUCAUCUGAGAAGAGAACGGUCUUCCAAAACUGUAGAAGCCUAUCUAAUAUCUGCCGGUCCCAGUGCUUUCUGCGCUGUGCAUUUACAUGGGCUUCACCAUGGUGGACAAAAAUAUUUAUAUUGUUCAAGGGGAGAUUUGUACUGUUGUGAGUGCCAUUAAAAGAAACGCGAGAUGGAGCACCCACACUCCCUUGGAUGAAGAACAAGAUCCACUGCUGAACAGUUUUAGCCACCUGAAAGAAGCACUCAACAAUAUUAAAGAGCUUCCUGAAAUGGAGCCCAACGUGUUCCUACGGCCCUUUCUGGAGGUCAUCCGAAGUGAAGACACUACAGGACCCAUCACCGGCCUUGCUCUGACAUCGGUCAACAAGUUCCUCUCACACGGACUCAUAGACUCCAGUCAUGAUGGCGCAGCAGAGGGGAUUGAGAGCAUGGCUGAUGCUGUCACACAUGCUCGUUUUGUGGGGACAGACCCAGCCAGUGAUGAGGUUGUCCUCAUGAAAAUCUUGCAGGUAUUGAGAACCCUGCUCCUCACUCCUGUGGGAGCCCACCUCACCAAUGAAUCUGUCUGUGAGAUUAUGCAGUCCUGCUUCCGGAUAUGUUUUGAAAUGAGGCUCAGUGACUUAUUGAGGAAAUCUGCAGAGCACACUCUGGUAGACAUGGUACAGCUGCUUUUCUCGAGGUUGCCACAGUUCAAAGAGGAAGCCAAAAGCUUUGUUGGAACCAAUAUGAAGAAGGCUUACAAUAUCUUGUGGAAAAACAAACGAGUGCAGUUGAAGAUGAGGGCCGGUGGGAUGAGCGACUCCUCUAAGUGGAAGAAGCAGAAGCGCUCCCCCCGUCCCACUCGACAUGCCUCCCACACCGGCUCGAUCGCCGGGGAGCAGCUGGGCCAGAACGUUGGCAGCAAUAACCUGUCGGGUGCAGUCCCCUUUAUUGAACAGUCCACUCCAGGCAUGUACACGUUUCACCCCGGCUCCGACAGUGGCCCCUCCUCCAUCUCCAGCCCCACCACUGACAGUGGCCUGGAGAUCUCUUCGAAGACCACCUCCAAGGAGGACCUGACAGACCUGGAUCAGGGGAGCUCCACAGGCACCACCCCGGCCACCAGCCCCUCCGGAGAGCAGGACAGCAGCAGGAGGAGUGAGCCAGGCCAGCCAGAGGCUCAGAAUGAAGGUCCCAGGGUUGAGAGAACUCAGUCCGCCUCGGUGGAGUCCAUUCCUGAGGUGCUGGAGGACCGAGACUCGCUGGCCGAUCAGUCGGAUGCUGCCUCGGCACAUGACAUGGACUAUGUGAAUCCACGGGGAGUGAGGUUUACUCAGUCCACUCAGAAGGAAGGUGCUGCCCUGGUUCCAUAUGGCCUUCCCUGUAUCCGGGAGCUGUUCCGUUUCCUCAUCUCCCUAACCAACCCUCACGAUCGGCACAACUCUGAGGUGAUGAUCCACAUGGGCUUGCAGCUGCUGACUGUGGGUCUGGAAUCCGCUCAGAUCUCCAACUACCAGUCCCUCCUCGGCCUGGUCAAGGAUGAGCUCUGUCGGCACCUCUUCCAGCUUCUGAGUGUGGAGCGUCUAAAUCUUUAUGCAGCUUCCCUCAGGGUGUGGUUCCUGUUAUUGGAAAGCAUGAGAGAACAUCUAAAGUUUCAGCUUGAGUUGUAUUUAAAAAAACUGAUGGACAUAAUCCCUUCUGAAAAUCCUAAGCUGCCGUAUGAAAUGAAGGAGAUGGCCCUGGAGGCGCUAGUGCAGCUCUGGAGGAUCCCUGGCUUUGUCACUGAGCUCUACAUCAACUAUGACUGUGACUACUACUGCUCCAGCAUGUUCCAGGAGCUCACCAAGCUGCUGUCCAAGAAUGCAUUUCCAGUCUCCGGGCAGCUCUACACCACCCAUCUUCUGUCACUGGAAGCUUUAUUAACUGUGAUUGACAGCACGGAGGCGCAUUGCCAGGCUAAAGUCUUGAACAACACCACCCAGCAGGAGAAAGCAGACACGGCCAAAUCUGCCAUGGAUAGUACUAUAAGCAGCAGCACAGACAGAUCCAAUGGCAGUGAAGGGAUGUCAGGUGGUGGCAAGGUGCAGGGGCGUUUGGGAGCAGAGACGCUGACACCUCAGCCUCCCACCAGUGGGCACUUAAUGGCUGAUAAAAUGAAGCUGGGAAGACAGUGUCAAGAAGACGGUGAUUCAGCUGAGAAAAAGGCUCCCAAGAAACCCCACCGGUUCUCAUCCUGCUUACCGGAUGCUCAGGAGCUUUCAGACAUCAAAAACAAAAAGAAGCUCCUGAUUGCAGGCACAGAGCAGUUCAACCAGAAGCCUAAGAAAGGAAUCCAGUUCCUUCAGGAGAAAGGACUACUCAGCAGCCCCAUGGACAACAAUGAGGUGGCUCGGUGGCUGCGAGAGAACCCCCGUCUGGAUAAGAAAAUGAUCGGAGAGUUUGUGAGCGACCGCAAAAACAUGGAGCUUCUGGACAGCUUUGUCGGGACCUUCAUGUUCCAAGGCCUAAGAAUCGAUGAAGCCUUGCGCUUGUAUCUAGAAGCCUUCAGGCUCCCUGGGGAAGCCCCUGUCAUCCAAAGGCUGCUUGAAACCUUUACUGACAACUGGCAUAAAGUGAAUGGAUCUCCUUUUGAAACAAAUGAUGCUGGAUUUGCUCUGGCCUACGCUGUGAUCAUGCUCAACACUGACCAGCACAACCACAACGUGCGCAAGCAGAGUGUGCCAAUGACACUGGAGCAAUUUAAAAAGAACCUGAAGGGUGUUAACGGGACGAAAGACUUUGAUCAGGAUAUGUUGGAAGACAUCUACAAUGCCAUCAAGACUGACGAGAUUGUGAUGCCAGAGGAACAGACCGGCCUGGUGAAGGAAAAUUACAUGUGGAGUGUGCUGCUGCACCGUGGAGCCAACUCCGAGGGGGACUUCCUCCACCUGCCGACAGGCAGUUAUGACCAUGACCUGUUCACUAUGACCUGGGGCCCCACCAUUGCUGCGCUCUCCUAUGUCUUUGACAAGAGCAUGGACGAGACCAUCAUCCAGAAAGCAAUCUCUGGGUUCAGGAAAUGUGCGAUGAUCUCUGCCCACUACGGAAUGAGUGAUGUGUUUGACAAUUUAAUAAUUUCCCUCUGCAAGUUUACAACACUCAGCAGUGAGUCUGUUGAGACUCUGCCCACUGUCUUUGGAAGCAACGCCAAGGCUCAGGUUGCUGCCAAGGCCAUGUUUAAUUUGUCCCAUCGCCAUGGCGACAUCUUGAGGGAAGGCUGGAAGAACAUUAUGGACUCCAUGCUGCAGCUGUUCCGUGCUGAGCUGCUCCCUAAAGCCAUGGUUGAGGUUGAGGACUUUGUGGAACCCAAUGGAAAAAUCUCACUGCAGCGUGAAGAAACUCCUUCAAAUCGAGGCGAGUCUGCAGUAUUGAGUUUUGUGAGCUGGCUCACUCUGAGUGGUACUGAGCAGUCUGGACAGAGGGGCCCAUCCACUGAGAACCAGGAGGCUAAACAAGCAGCUGUCGACUGUAUAAAGCAAUGUGAUCCUGAGAAGCUGAUAACAGAGAGUAAAUUCCUUCAGCUGGAAUCACUACAGGAACUAAUGAAGGCACUGAUCUCUGUGACCCCGGAUGAGGAAACCUACGAUGAGGAAGAUGCCGCUUUCUGCCUGGAGAUGCUGCUCCGGAUUGUGCUGGAGAAUAGGGACCGUGUUUCCUGUGUGUGGCAGACAGUCCGGGAUCACCUGUGUCACCUCUGUGUCCACGCCACCGAGAACUGCUUCCUUGUGGAGCGGGCUGUGGUGGGGCUGCUGAGGCUGGCAAUACGCCUACUGCGAAGGGAAGACAUCAGCUCACAGGUCCUCCUCUCCCUCAGGCUGCUGCUCAUGAUGAAGCCGAAUGUCCUGUCCCGAGUGAGCAGGGAUGUUUCUUACGGGCUUCAUGAACUCCUGAAGACCAACGCGGCCAACAUCCACUCCAGUGAUGACUGGUACACCCUCUUCUCCCUGCUGGAGUGCAUUGGGGCCGGAGUGAAAGCCCCACCCUCCCUGCAAGCCACCGCAGGGCCAGAUAAUGACACAGGUGCUCAGUCAGACAGUGAGCUCUCCUCCUCCCACCCCAGUGAUGUCUGCCUGGACCGGGGAUACACCUCGGACUCUGAGAUCUACGCGGAGCACGGGAAGCAGUCCAGGAUUCACCGCUCCGUCACUGAUGUGGAUGUGGCUAGCAGUGGCUGGUUAGUGGUUGGGAGGGAUGAUCUCGACUGCAGCAAGUCCGGCACUGCUCCCGUUAACCAGUACAGCCUGACUCUGGGGCAGGACCUGGGGCUGCAUGACACCAAGUCCCUCAUCAAGUGCGUUGAGUCCCUAUCCUUCAUCGUGAGGGACGCUGCACACGUCACACCUGAGAACUUCCAGCUGUGUGUCAAAACCAUCCGUGUCUUUGUAGAAGCCAGCCUCAAUGGAGGCUAUAAAGCCCAUGAAAAGAGGUCCAAGAGCCACAAGUACGAGCCGAAAUUGACGCGGUUCCGGCGGAAGCCGAGGGAGAAGGAAGGGGUGCCUGUUCGGAGAGCGAAGGUGUCGAGCCAGCGGCUAUCCCGGUCACACAGUGACGAUGAGGAGGAUGAGGGCGUCCCCGCCAGCUACCACACGGUGUCAUUACAGGUUAGUCAGGAUCUGCUCGAUCUGAUGCACACGUUGCACACACGUGCUGCCAGCAUCUACAGCUCCUGGGCGGAGGAGCAGUGCCACCUAGAGGCAGCCAGCAGGAAGAUCGCAGCUGACUCCAGAACACUGUGGUCAAACUGCUGGUGUCCUUUACUGCAAGGUAUCGCAUGGCUGUGUUGUGAUGCCAGGCGGCAGGUGAGAAUGCAGGCUCUGACCUACUUGCAGAGGGCGCUAUUGGUUCACGAUCUUCAAACACUGGAUGCCCUGGAGUGGGAGUCCUGCUUCAACAAGGUGCUGUUCCCGCUGCUGACCAAACUGUUGGAGAGCAUCAGCCCUGCUGACGUGGGGGGCAUGGAGGAGACCAGAAUGAGAGCCUGCACAUUGCUGUCAAAGGUUUUCCUCCAGCACCUGUCUCCCUUGUUAUCUCUGCCCACCUUCGCUGCACUGUGGCUCACAAUCCUGGACUUCAUGGACAAGUACAUGCAUGCCGGCUCCAGCGACCUGCUGUUGGAGGCGAUUCCCGAGUCCCUGAAGAACAUGCUGCUGGUGAUGGACACGGCAGGGAUUUUCCACAAUGCCGAUUCCCGCACAGGGUAUUCCGAUCUCUGGGAGAUCACCUGGGAACGGAUCGACUGCUUCCUGCCAAGACUGAGAGAAGAGCUCUUCAAGCAGACCAUAAUCCCAGAGCCUGCAGAGCCCUCGCAGCCCCCAUACAGUGCCCCUGCAGUGCCAGCCAAGCCCGAGGAGCCCACCCAGCCCAGUGCCAACGAGACUGAUAAAGCACAGUCCAUGGUGCAGCCCAGUGUUCCUCCUCCUCCUCCUCCUGUCUCUACCCCGAUGAAGAGGAGCCCUGUGGAAGUGUCUCCAGCUAUAAGUCAGCCCCCCCUGAUCCUGCAGCCCCUGGCCUCCCCCCUGCAGGUGGGGCACCCGCCCAUGUCUCUGCCCAUCAUCCUGAACCCCGCACUUAUCGAAGCCACCUCCCCUGUUCCCCUGCUCUCCACCCCACGGGAUGCCAACUCAGAGGUCAAAUAGAGCAGAAUCCUUCACAACAUGCAGCCUGUGAGCUUCAAAUAGAGCAGUCCUUCACAACAUGCAGUCUGUCAGCUUCAAAUAGAGCAGUCCUUCACAACAUGCAUUCUGUAAGCUUCAAAUAGAGCAGUCCUUCAGCAACAUGCAUUCUGUCAGCUUCAAAUAGAGCAAAGUCCUUCACAUCAUCAUUUCAUUUGUCAGUGUCAGCUCAUUUGAAACCUUAGUCCCUUACACCCAGGAGGAAACAAUUGCAUAACAUUGGCAAGGUCAUGUGUAAUAAUCCUGCAAAGGUGAACUUAUUAAUUUGUGUUGAAGCUCUUAGCAAUUAAAAUGGCUAAGUUUGCAUGUGAAUCAGAGGAGUCUCGGAACUGAAAUGAACCUGCAGCGAUGCCCAAAAGUUUUGUAUCAUCUAGAAUUUUAGGAUUGAGACAAUUACAAAAAAUAAAAAAAUAAAAUGUAUUAACAAAAUUGAGAUAAUUUGUGUCAUGUAAUCAAAAACUACAAAAUGAAAGUCUACCGGAAUUUGGUAAUUCUAUAAGAUGAUGCUAAACUUUUGGCCAUAACUAUACUAUUUAUAUUCUUGUAAAGAUGUGUCACUUGUCUUUAAGGGGCUCACCUUUCAAUUCAAACAAAAUGUGUAUUCAAAUAUUUCAGCUGAUUUCUGUAUAGGAAGCUUUAGUCUGUUUGGUAUUUCAGAUAAUUACUUGAUGUGUACAGAACCCCAUGUCAUAAUUUUUAUGUAUUUUUGGGAGGGUUCAAAUUGUUUAAAAACAAUAUUAAUAUAUAAUUCUAAACAUCUGAUAGUUUGGUGAUUCUUGGCAGGGAAGUAAUGUUUUCAAAAUCAGUCAGCUAAUAAUGUGGGUUCAGUGUUGAUAUGUUCUGAUUUAGUUAAGAACUUGUCUUUUUUUAUUAUUGUUUCUUUAAUACAGUACAGUAUUCCUGUUACACAACCAACGUAAAUGUGAGUAUGUCCAGUGUGUCACAGAGAGUACAUUACUUCACAUUCUAGCAAAAAUAAAUAUUGGCCAUUUACUGUAAAUAAGAUCCAUACAAAUAUAAACAGACCUAGUAUGCAAAAGUAUCCUAUUCAUCAUUAAAAGAAAACAAAAUGCACACACGACACUAUAUUCAUCACAAAUUACCAUCAUUUUGACUAUCGUCUGGGAUUUUUUUGCACAAACCAGUCCAGUAAAAACGCAGUGCAAUGAACUUCCAUGUACUAGUUUGAACACAAUUGUAUUAUUUUAAUUCCACUUGUUUCUGGUUAUGCUAAGAACAUUCCUUCGUGGCUUCAUGCCUCCUGACAAGCAAUCAGAGUCCUCCCUGUGUGUGUGUGUGUGUUCCGGCUCCAGUCAGUGCUGUUAUAGACUGUUUGUUCAUCUGUAGCUCAGUGCAGUCUCUGGAGCAGUUGCUGGUACAUCUUUCUUAUUAUUUUCCCUAUAAUGGCUCCAAGCCUUUGUUUGUGGCUUUCCCUUUCUGUUAGUAAUUAGGAAACAAGAGAAGUGAAUUCAGUAUAACACCUUCAUAUAUUAGUUUCUUGAAAAGAAUGUUAAAAUGUUUAUAUAAAUGUAUUUACCCCCCACCCCCAUAUUGCAAAGCUGUUGUACUCCUGGUUGUUGUUUCAACACCUGCCCUUUCUCCCAAAAUUAAUUUGAGGAGUUUUACUGGAAACCUGCAGGAUGAUGCUUUCUUCUGUUUCUAUUUUAAAAGCAAACAUAUAUUUUUUUUUGUGGAAAGAGUUUACAGUUCCCGGUUUAUGAAGAACACGCUGCAAAUCACAUGGUUUAAGCCACCCAGAACUGGACAAGUUUACCCACUGCCAUAUCUAAUUUGAAAAUUGAAAUCAUUUGUGUAAAUGAGUAUGGGUACCAAGCUGCAUUCAACAUUUUGUCAUUGGUUUGUACCUUUUUUUGUAAAUUGUGUGUGCAUCACUUGUAAUGGAUAUUUCUCAUUUAAAUUCUAUUGGAUGCUCAAUACAGGAAUGAAUUCUGGAAAGACAGAAAACAAACAAUGAAAAUAAUGUACAUAUUAAUGAAUAGAAAAACAAAAUGUUCUUUUUAUAGUAUAAUAAAUAUAAUGUAAAUUGACCUUAGUUUUUGUUUUUGAGAUAUGUAUGGAACAAAUGUUAAAGCAGUCCAUCCUCUUUCAACCUGGCUUAUCCCUAGUGAAUCAUUACUGGUCAACAAGUGUGUGUGUAUUUUUUUUUUAAUGAAUUUGUGAAGUUCCAGCAAGUGCAGGUAAAGGAAAAGGCAGCUGAGCGUAUAUCUGAACAAGAUGUAGCUGCAGUUUCUUUCCCUUAUUAGUAAGACUUACGUCUGAAUAAAGAGACUCCUACGCGCUGUACCGUGGAAGGGGGGGGGGUGUAAACACAGAAUGCACGAGGGGUUUGGAUUGCAUGUUUCUUCAUCAGAAACAAGGAACAAAUUACAGGUCAGGCAAGGAGGGGGGGACAGCAACAGCAUAGAAAUAACAAUGGUGUAAAAGAUCUUUGUAUAUGCUGCCAUCGUCCAGGAAUAGGUGUAAAUUAAAAGGUUGCAGUUGUUUAAAUACAAAUGUAUUUUCAGAGCCAGCGAAGUUCCUGCCCAUCCACUUGGUACAGAAAGUAACAGACGUGCCUGAGGUGUCAAACAUCUGGUUUUAUUCCAAGCAGUCGGUCAACACACAACUUUUUUUUUAGUAAACUAAACGGUAUCAGAAACUUACCAAGAAUAUUCAGGGGAAAAACAGAUACACUGUCUUCUCUUAAUGUGUCUGUACAUGGAAUGCAAGAACAAAUUUUAAAAAACAAAAGUGUUACAUAAAACUAACAGGGCUGUGGAUCAUCAUCUUAGGGUAAAACAUACAGGAGUAUUUUCGGUUUCUAAUUACAAACUAAGGCCAAAAAUGUAUUCCACUUUAUAUUCAAAUUGUGUAACUCCCACUCUCUUCUCAACAGAGACUACAUAAGUGUAGAGUAAUUAAAAAGCAUACAGUACUGUAUCACACAUCAAACAUACCGUUUGUUACAAAAUCUACCAAAUUCAACCUUUUUUUUUUUUUUU